AUGUUGUAUUGGGCUGAAAAUGAAGAUAAAGAUGUUUGUCACAUUUGUCGUGCUUCGAGGUGGAUUAUACAUGAAAAGAAAGGAAGUGGAGAUAAUGAUCCGAAGCAGAUAAUUCGCAAAGUGCCAGCAAAUGUGAUGAGAUACUUUCCCCUCAAGCCAAGGUUACAAAGGUUGUUCAUGUGCAAGGAGUAUUCGAAAAUGAUGACUUGGCAUGCAGUGGGACGAAAAGAUGAUGGCAAACUAAGGCAUCCUGCUGAUGCGGUGGCUUGGAAGACUAUGGACGCUCUUUACCCUGAAUUUUCUGCUGAAAACCGAAACAUUAGGUUGGGGGUUGCAGCUGAUGGGUUUAAUCCUUUUCGGACGAUGAGUUUAAGUCACAGUACAUGGCCAAUCGUACUUGUGAACUACAACCUGCCACCUUGGUUGUGCAUGAAACAAGAGAACCUGAUUCUAUCCACUUUAAUAUCUGGUCCACAUUCUCCGGGAAAUAGUAUUGACGUGUAUAUGCAGCCACUAAUCGCGGAGCUAAAAGAAUUGUGGGAUGUUGGUGUUGAAACGUACGAUGCCUACACCCGUAAAAAUUUUAAUUUACGUGCACGAGUGACGUGGACGAUAAGCGAUUUCCCCGGAUAUGCCAUGAUGUCCGGAUGGAGCACAAAGGGAUAUCUUGGCUGUCCAAUCUGCCACUAUGAAACUUCUUCAGAAUAUUUGAAGCAUAGUAAAAAAAUAUGUUAUAUGGACCAUAGGAAGUUUCUUGAUCCAACACACAAGUGGCGAUUUGAUAAAAGAAGAUUUAAUGGCAAAGUUGAAUUGAGGGAAAGUCCGCCAAUUUUAUCCGGGACGGAUAUUGAAUUACUGCUCAGGGGUUACGUUAACAGAUUUGGUGGUGCCAAGGAAAAGGGUAAAAAAAGGGACACCCCAUUUAAAAAGAAAAGCAUAUUUUUUGAUUUGCCAUAUUGGUGUCACAAUCCACUUCGACAUAACCUUGACGCAAUGCACAUAGAAAAGAACGUGUGUGACAAUAUAUUAGGUACAUUGCUCAAUAUCAGUGGCAAGUCAAAGGAUCAUAUAAACGCACGUUUGGAUUUGCAGGAAUUGGGAAUAAGAAGGUCCCUACAUCCUGUUGAAUCUGAUGAUGGGAAUCAUGUUGAAAUAAGAGCAGCCAUAUUUGACAUGACUAAUAAGGAGAAGGAAAUAUUUUGCUCCGUAUUGAAGAAUGUCAAGCUCCCUUAUGGUUGCGCUUCUAACAUCAGCAGGUAUGUGCACUCAAGUGAGAGGAAGAUUAUGGGAUAUAAAAGCCACGACGCACAUUUUAUGCUUCACUAUUUGCUAGCAUUUUGUGUCAAGAGAACAUUAAAGCCUGAGGUGGCAUUGCCAUUGAUAAGAUUAAGUGCUUUUCUUAGAGGGUUAUGGAACAAGGCUGUUGACUUGGAAGAUAUUAAGAGGCUGCAACAAGAGAUUAUUGAAAUACUUUGUCAAUUUGAGAUGAUUUUUACACCACCUUUUUUUGAUAUCAUGGUCCACUUGCUUAUUCAUUUAUGCAAUGAAGUAGAGCUUGGUGGACCAGAACACCUUCGCUGCAUGUUUUCCAUUGAAAGGUAUCUUGCGAAGCUCAAAUCCUAUGUUCGAAACAGAAGUAAGCCUGAAGGAUCAAUCGCAGAAGGUUACUUGGCGGAGGAAUGUGUAACAUUCUGCUCUAGAUUCCUGGGUGGUGAUGGGGGGAUGGAAAAUUCCAUGUACUCGACUAACUUGGAGCCCUGCCCAGCAGAAGUGCAGUAUCAUAUUGGUACACGGAAGAAUAAAGAUGGAAAAAUAUUCAAAUUAAAAGAAAUUGAAUGGGAAGCAACUCAUAGAUAUGUCCUGUUUAACUCUGGUAAUGAGGACAUUGAGAGGCUAAUUGAGUAA